AAGGUGAAAGAGUGAAUUGCUAUUGCUGUUUUCUGCCCCCGUUCCUGCAUCCGUCCAGACGUCACCAUCUCCCUUGUGCGACGACGGUGAAAGCCCAUCUGUGUUGUGUGCGCCUGCCCAUCCCGAAGACCGCGAAUCGCAGCCCUUCUGUACCUGAAUCCUCCGACCACCGAGCCACUCGCUCGCUACCCACAACAAACAUGGACGUCGUGCUGGAGCUAGCAGACACUUUCUUAUUCGAUCCCCUCUACGCAAAGCUGUUGCCUGCAGCUACCCACGUCUUUGUUUCUAACGCGACGACAUCGACGAUCAAAGUAGAGCCGACCGCCUACGCCCUUCCCCACACCACUUCCUGGCAGUAUGAGCCGUCGACGCAAUUCUUCUCCAUCACCCCGUCAAAGUAUGCCUACAUGAGCCAAUGGCCACGCGACGACUGGCGACGUCAGCUGCUGUCGCUGUAUCUCGUCACAUGGCUGUUUGGUGUCGUCGUCUACUACGUCUUCGCGACCGCCUCAUACUUUUUCGUCUUCGAUAAGACCACCUUCAACCACCCGCGCUACCUCAAGAACCAGAUCAAGCAGGAGAUGAAGCAGGCCAACAUUGCCUUCCCCAUCAUGGCCAUCUUCACCGUCCCCUGGUUCCUCGCCGAAGUCCGCGGAUACUCGAUGUUGUACGACACCACAGAACAGGGCCCCGGCCAAUGGUACAACUACCUACAGUUCCCCUUCUUCCUCCUCUUCACCGACUCGUUGGUCUACUGGAUCCACCGCGGUCUGCACCACCCGCGUGUCUACAAAUACGUCCACAAGCCACACCACAAGUGGAUCAUGCCGACACCCUUUGCCUCGCACGCCUUCCACCCGCUGGACGGCUACGCGCAGUCGCUGCCCUACCACAUGUUCCCUUUCAUGUUCCCACUCUCAAAGUACGCCUACGUGGCCCUUUUCGUCUUCGUCAACAUCUGGACCGUCCUCAUCCACGACGGCGAAUACGCGCACAACUCGCCCGUCAUCAACGGCGCCGCCUGUCACACUAUGCACCACCUGUACUUCAACUACAACUACGGACAGUUUACAACUCUCUGGGACCGUCUGGGUGGCAGCUACCGCAAGCCCAACGACGAGCUCUUCCAGAAGGAACUCAAAAUGUGCCAGAGCGAGUGGAAGAAGCAGGCCAUGGCCGUUGACAAAAUGGUUGAGCAAGUAGAGGGCAACGACCACGACCGCACCUACGUCGAGCCAAAGAAGCUUCGGUGA